UUCACUUCCGAUUUUCCAUCUUGAAACGGUGGCUUUCUUUCGUGGAAAAACAUUGCAGUGAAUGGCGAACUUUGACGCUAUUUUUGACGAAAAUCUUCGAGAGGAUGAACAAAGUUCGCGUGUUUCAGACGAAAAUGUCCAGGUGACACCAGAGCCGGUUGUUAUUCGCGGAGUAGGACACAUGACAGUGUUCGGGCUCAAUAGCAAGUUUGAUGCGGAAUUUCAACAACCCCUCAGUGCCAAGGUUGCCCCAGAAGAGUACAAAGCAACAGUCACAAGAGUAAAUAGAGUGCUUAGUAAGACAAUGCCCGUCAAUGUACGCUGGUUACUUUGUGGGUGCAUAUGCUGCUGCUGCACCCUGGGAAUGUCCAUGUGGCCUGUGGUUUGUCUAAAUAAAAGAACUAGACAUUCAAUAAAUAAGGUGUUAGAUGCUGAAAAUAAUCACCUGUAUCAUAAGCUUGGGCUUCAUUGGCGAUUAAAUAAACAGAAAUGCAAUUCCAGUAAUAUGAUGGAAUAUGUACUGCUCGUCGAGUUCUUACCAAAGGAGCAAAUUUUACGACCUGACUGAUCACUCCAGAAUGCUUCAUUUUCCUGAUGUAAUUCUAGAAUUGUAUAUUUCGUAAGAUAAUUUGUAACCUGUAAUAUACACUAUUGUAAAUUCCAAAUUUAUGAUAAAUUUAUUAGUAAUCAUUAAAAGUUCUUAGUUUUCUGAUGUAUCACUGAGUUAUCUCAGGAUCCAAGUAAUCAUGUGGUUAACUUAGAAGUUUCAUUUUUAAUUCCUGGUUGAUCAUGCAAUCUCAGUCUAAAUGACUUUAUUUUUAUAUGAAAGACAAAUUUAAAAAAUGCUUUAGUUAUGUAUUUACAUUUAUGUCCCUAAGUUAUAUUAAAUUCCUAUUUUUUAAUCAAUGAUCAUGAGUUUUUAAGAGAGAAGAAAGUUGUUGCAGGAUCUCUUGUCUUGCCAUGUGGCAAUGGUCAACCAGGUUAGAAGAGAAGAGCUUUUAAAUCUCCAGGUCACACAAAACAAAGGAGAGGUAGUUGACCAUGCUUCUGCCACACAACAACAGAACAACUUGAUCUUGUUGAUUUACCAAUUAAAUUGUAAUUGCCCAGAACAUUUGGUUGGCACUGGUAAAAUUCAUCAUUUGCCUUGUUUGGUGAGAUUUUUAUUAGCUAUUCUAUGUAAAUAUCUAGUUAAUCAUGGAAAACUUUCUUGACUGUGGCUUCCUGCAUUUUCCAAUUGAGAAGACAACAUCACAGAGGUGGAAAUGUUAGGUUUGUCGCUUGUAUUAAUAUUAAAACAAUUAAUGAUCCAGCCAUAGCCUCUCAGGAAUAUCAAUUGAUUUUCACCCAUUAUUAAGAAUUAUAUAGACAUAUUUUUAAGUGAUGUUGUUUAAGCUUUUAAUUUUUUGUUAGUGUUAAGCUGUAAAGGCUCUGAAGAAGUAGUUUGUAUAAAGUUAAUGUUUUAUUUUGAGGCCAUUAGGUUAGAAAGUCUAACUCUUCAUAUGGACUGAGAUUAUCUUCUGUAGUUGAUUUUUAGCACUUUCACCUUGGAGAUCAGAUUAAUGUUAAGCUUAACAGGUUGGCUGAAGCUCAAUGUCUUUAUUUAUUAAUUUUUUUGUUUUGUGGCCUUCCUAGUUUGAGUUGAUUCCCCCAGAGCAAUUUUCACUUCACCUUGUUUUUUUUUUGUUUAAAAGGCAUUUGCCUCCUUCUCCACCAUUUGCCUUUUAUCAACCUGUUUACUCAUGGCUUGUUUUCUCUUUGUUUACUUUCUCAUUGGCUCUUUGUAAUGUCUACGUUUGUUCUGAGUAGCUGUUUAGGUCACUGGAGUGGAAGAUAUUUGGAAUUCAACUGCUGUAUGUUCAAUUGUAUGUUUUAGUUAAAUUAAGUAAAUCUCUUGUUCAAUUGGUCAUGGCUGCUCAAAAGAUGGACAGUGUUUUGUAACUAAUAAUUCACAAUCUGAAGUGAAGUACUUCCUACCUUUUGAACAACUCUGACUAGUGAUCAGUUUUUUUUUUUCUCUUACAUCCAAAGUUAUUUCAUUUCAAGAAAUUGUCUUUACAAUUCUGACUUUGCUGUCUUUGUUCCACUUGAUUUGCACAUGCUGGCAUGUGUAUCUCUGGUGCUGGCACCACCAAUUUUAAAGGAAGAGUAACCUUAAUUUAUUUUUUACUGGAUUAAGUUUCUAUACUGGUUUAGUUAUAGGUGGUAAGUUUGUAAAGUGUGGGUUAUACGUAUAUAUAGUUUAUUAGACAAAGGGUAACUAAGCUUUCUUGUUAUAUUAGUGUUAAUAAAGUGGAGCAAAAUGGA